AUGGCGGCCAACGGUGACGUCUCAUCCGUGCCCCGCUCCGAGUCCCCCACUGGAUCGCCUCGAUCCGCGUCCAUUUCGUUGCAUGCCGCUGCCGCUAUGAAUGCCGGCCUCCAACGAGAACCUUCACGCACUUGUCCAUCGACUGCGCUUUUUCGCUCUUGCUUCCACCACUCAAACCACCCUGUCCUCACCACUCUAACUCGCCGUUUAGGAUCGUCCAACAGCUCUCUAGCUCGCAGCCUCGCAUCCCCGCCCAGCCGGCGACGAUCAACCAUCCUGAUGAACCUCCAGCUAAACGACCCUGCGGUGCCAGCGCCGGGCGAGUUCCAAGAACACAUGAGGGCGAGCCCGCAGCCUUAUAGCGGCGGCAUCCCGCCAGAGUCGAGCCGACAUAUCAGGACACCGAGUCUGGGUGAGCUCCAUCAGGAGCUCGAGGCAGAGCAGGAGGGCCAUGUCAAUCGCCUUUUGAACAUGAUUCGACAACAGCAGCUAGAGCUUCAGCGUCUUCAAGCAAGCCAUCCGCAUGCAGCUGGCGGAGACGAGAGUGCGACCGCCAGUGUUGCUGGCUCCGAGAGGCCACACCGAUCGCUGCCUGUCCCCAUCUCGACCCAGUCCCCAACCGGAAACCAUGUACCAUCAGUUUCUGGCUCGUCAUUUUCUCGAUCGCCCAUCUUUCCUCACCACCGGAACUCCAUGGAGAUGGCUCGCGCCGACAUGCAGCGCCGGUCCAGGACGCCAAGCCGAAACGCCUCACCUCGACUGCGGGCGACUUCCAUCAGUGCCGAGAGCGGGGACUGGUCUCUGUUCCGCGACGAAAGUGCCUUUUACCAGGCCGAAACACAAAUGCUGACCCGCGAGAACCAGAUGCUUCGGCAUCGCAUUCGGGAACUAGAAAAGCAAGUCUCUGAGAUGACUAGCUCUCCCGUACCAAACGAGCCGCCGGUGUCCUCAAAUCUUACUCGAUCGUCGACCUCGGCCGAGGAGAGCGAAACUGUGUCCAGGGCAGCGUAA